ACUACUGCCACCACCUUGCCCGGUAUCUAUGAAGACAAAGAAGAAGAGGAACACGUUCUAUUGGUGCUCGAUCUGCCGUUAGCACAUAUCCGCAGCAAGGCACAAGGAUUCAAUACGCUACCUUUGAGAAUGGCACGUUUUAUGCCCUUUCUGCUUCUACUUAUUCUUGUUGGAACACAGAGUGGUGAGAAUGCUACUGCGCAUGGAAGCGUCGCCGGUUCAGCAAACUCAUCCCAGCAAAUCCCUCCAUCCAUUACAUCGGGGACUCCGCCUACCACAGAAAAGGUCCAAAAUGGCACCCCAGCAACCAGCGACCAUGUGUUGGCGUCGUCCAGCACAAACAAUACCUUGGACCCUAUGGGUUUUGGCCAUGACGAGAAGACGAACAGGAGUGCCACGUUGAACCCACCUGACUACAUGCGGGCGAGGCGGGCGAAUGCCCAACGACGAUCUCCAUUUUUUCCCCUCAUUGCUUCCAUCGUGCUGGUUGUGGUCUCCGGUACCACCCUGCUCGUGUUUGUUAUCAUCUGGACCGCUUCUUUCUUGAGUGCUUUCAAGGGCCCAGUCAAGGCCACCAGUGCCCGACUACUGAUGCGACUCACACGAGGAAUGAAGAGGAGCGGGGACGACACGGCUGACCUCCUGCAGAGUAUGAAUCGUUCAGCGACGGAUACCAUGGUGCGAGCCGGUUGUAGCGGCGAGGAUCACAAGCGGAUAGUGCCUUAUUCACGAAACAGUUUGGUUCCCUUUGGGAGCACAAAUCUACAUACCAGAAUAGUUUAGAAAAGUGUGAGACAAUAUAUGUCGCACUGAAGAAAAGUAUACAAAUUAUAUUGGACGCAGAAAUGGCUCGUAUUACAUCAUUAAUUUGUUACCUAUGC